GAAUGGAGGCGAUCGAGAACAAUGAAAUGUUCUAAGUUAGAACAAAUCGUGUUUAUGCAAACUGACUGAACGUAAACAAGCUGCGAAUGUUGACAUCGGAAACUGCUUGAGCGGAACAAAAACUACGGUUAAACAAAUAUUCAUUAAAUUAUGGAUUACAGUUAGGCCGUAAUAUAGCACUAGAUUGCAUUGAGAGUAUGCUUGUGUUGAAUCAAAGACCCCUGGGAAGAUAUGCCUGUGCGAUGAUGUUUGGACUAUUUCAUAAAUAAGAUCUACAUCAUUGAUGAAUUAAAAACUCAACAGAGAUGCGGUUGUGAUGGAAUGUUCCGGAUAUCGUACAGGAUUUCAACAAAUAUGAAUGGACAUAUAUUACAUGAACUGCCAGUUGCAGUUGAUUACUUUACCAAGACUCCGGAUGUCCAGCUGUAUUUUCUCACACACGUGCACUCUGACCACACUGUGGGUUUAACGAAAUAUUGGAAGAAAAAAGUAUAUUGUUCAUAUGUAACUGGCAAAUUGCUUCAUUUCAAACUUAAGAUAGAAAAACAUUUGAUUAUACCUUUAAAAGAGUUGCAAUCCCAUGUUUUCCGUAUCCAAAGCAAGAAGGGUUGGCAUGGUUUAUCAGUCACUCUCAUUCCCGUACAGCAUUGUCCUGGAUCAAGUAUGUUCUUGUUUGAAACGAAUGAUGUGAAAAUUUUAUAUACAGGCGAUUUUCGGCCUGAUAACACUGUAUAUGAAAUUGGGAAAACUUUAUGGGGGCCUCGACACCGCCCUAUAGAUGUUUUGUAUUUGGACAAUACCUAUUGCGAGCCGUCUUGUGCUUUCCCCUCAAGAGAUGAGGCAAUCGAAGAGAUAGCAAAGAUAUGUAAAAGUCACUUGGAUUGUAAUAUCUUCAUUGGUGUGAACUGGACUGGACAUGAAGACCUUCUUGUCAAACUUGCAUUAAAAAUGGAGCAACAAAUUGCAGUGACAAAUUGGCAUUUACAGCUUUUUAAACUUUUGGAAGUCAAAAAUGUCUUCACCUGUGAUGAAUAUUCAAGUAACAUUCAAGUUUUAAGAUCGAAUCAAGUUAAUUUACGUAGAUUAAAAGAAAUAAAUGAAAAUGAGGAAGAUUGUAUUGGGAUUGUUCCAACAGCAAAGAAAUGUCAUGUUAGCUCUGGAGUGUUGAGAAAUGAUCUGAUUUAUACAGUACCAUAUUCAAAUCAUUCUUCUUUCACAGAACUUUGGGAAUUUGUUGAAUGUGUUCGACCCAGAAAAAUCAAACCAAUUGUUUCGGGAAAGAAACCAAGUGGUAUGGAAAGCUAUUUCAGAGCUGAUAUGACACAAUUUGAUUGUUUGUUAAAUUGUGAAAAAGUGAGCCCAAUUGAAUCUCAACUACACUAUAGUAUACAUCCAAUUCCUGAGAUGGACAAUUUUACUGAUGAUGAUGACAAUAUUAAUGCAUGUCCAAAGAGAAAACAUAAACCAAUUGCACAUGAUAUAUCAAAGAUAAAACAAAGAAGGAAAAAGCCAUGUGGUGUUGUAUUUGAUGAAAAUGACUGAACUUUCUCGAGUUCCAAAGACCAAUAUAUAUAUAUAUAUAUACAUAUAUAUAUAUAUGUUGGCCAUGAAUUGCUAACUAUUUUGUGAAAAAUUUUAUAAUCUAUACUUGCAAACUUCAUUACAUCAUUAUGAUACUAUAGAAUAAUUAUGCUAGAUAUUUUGAUUUGGGAAAUUUUACAUAGGUGAAAUUUUUUAAAGAUUUGUUAUUAUGAAUUAUUUUUAGUUCUUCUUGCUCUUUAAGGCGUUGUUUUUACUUUUUUAUUAAAUUUUGCACAUACAUAAGUAACAUGACUGUGUUUAAAUUCUUCAAUCAACGUCUUGUGAUUUUAUUACUGUUGAUAUCCAUAUGUAUUCCAUGAAUUAAAAAAAACUGAUUUGUCUAUGAAUUUGCAAUUCGGAAAUAAAACAGUGAAUAUACGUCAAAUUACAGAACAGAAAUUCAUACAAUUUGGUAUAUAUAUCAUAAUUUUAUGACAAAAUAUUAUCAAUAUAACAUCAUUGAA